UCCUCGACCCUUAUAUUCCUCACGAGGUCCGAACCACGAUGGAACCCCUCACUGCGUGAAAAUACAAAUUCCGGGCGGACCAUCGUGCGAACUUUCUAUAAGUCAUAAAUUCCGAGAUGAAAAUAUGGGGGAAAGGUGUAGCCGCAAAACUUCCCACCUUUUCCUCUAUCAAAGGCGAACAGACCAAAAAAAAUGGUUUCUGGAGAAUUCUGGGAUGGUAUCCCAAGCGUGGCGGAGGACGAAAUGUUCGCGAUGAUAACAACGUUCAAGAAAGAUCCCUUUCCCAAAAAGGUUAACUUGGGUGCUGGCGUGUAUAGAGACGAAGACGGAAAGUCGUGGGUGCUUCCUGCGGUUAAGAAGGCCCACGCACUACUUAUCGACUCCCCGGAUUUGAAUCAUGAAUAUCUUCCUAUUGCUGGCCUCGCCGAGUUCACAAAUUCCGCAGCCAAGCUGAUGUUCACGGAAGAGUCGGAUGUGAUAAAGCGAGGACAAGUCGUGUCAACCCAAACUAUUAGUGGUACUGGGGCAAAUCACUUGGGCGCGUCGUUCCUGUCACGAUUCUACUUGUUCAAUGGUGAGAGGCAAGUCUACAUCAGCCGGCCUACAUGGGUAAACCAUCACGCAAUUUUUGCUAACGUUGACAUCACUCCCGUCGAGUAUCCAUACUACAAUGCUGAGACUCGAGGGAUCGACUUUGACGAGAUGCUUUCGACGAUGAACAGCGCGCCGGACAGAUCUAUCUUCGUCUUGCACGCGUGCGCGCACAACCCAACAGGGCUGGACCCGUCUCGCGAACAAUGGACUGCCAUCGCCGACAUUAUGCUUGCAAAGGGCCAUUAUGCCUUCUUCGAUGCGGCGUAUCAAGGAUUCGCUACUGGUGAUUUGGACAACGACGCAUGGGCUGUGAGAGAAUUUGCUCGACGUGGCAUCGCGAUGCUGGUCUGCCAAAGCUUCGCCAAGAACGCCGGCCUGUAUGGUGAGAGGGUGGGCGCACUACAUGUCGUCUGUAAGGAUGAUCAGGCCACCAAAAAAUUGAAGAACCAGUUGAGUUUGAUCACUAGAGUAGAAUUCAGCACCCCACCGGCGUAUGGAGCAAAAUUGGUAAACUUCAUUCUUAACGACGCGCCCUUGUACGAGGAAUGGAGGAGAAACAUCAGGACCAUGGCCGGACGCUUAAUUGAAGUAAGAAAGGAGCUCUAUCGGCUGCUCACGGAGGAGCUCAAGACGCCAGGGAACUGGGAUCAUGUCAUCAACCAGAUUGGAAUGUUCAGUUUUACAGGGAUAUCGGAAGCACAGAGCAAGCGGCUCAGAGAAGAAUUCCACAUAUACCUCGCAAAGAAUGGGAGGAUCUCGCUAGCGGGCCUGAACACAAAGAAUAUUAAGUACUUUGCGGAGAGUUUAGACACGGUCGUGAGAGGUUGACUGACGUAUGAAUAGACGAAUAUAUCUUGGUU